AUGGCCGGCUUCUCCUUCGACGUCAGCCGCAGUUCCCACUCCCGGGGUCGCUCUGCCCUCCGUGGCCACCAUCCGACGCCUUCCUACGCCCGCAGCCCCGCGCCGCGCCGCAGAUCCCCCUACCGCGACGACGUGUCAUGGCAGACUUCGGCGUCGUGGCAGUUCGAGCCGAGCAGGUGGCGCGAAUUGAGCGGGUUCGGCGCCGCCCUCAGCCCGUGGACUCCGGCCGACGACACCCCCGGCAGCAACCACAGCCGCACCAUCUUCCGCCGGUCGGCCAACGAUUACUACGUUUCGCGGGCCGCGGAUCCUCGGUCCCAUGGUCCGUCGGGGCAAGCCAGGAGGCUGGAACUCCGCAGCUAUGUCUCGACCACGAACUAUGAUCGUUCUGUCGAGCUCAGUAAGGCCAAUAAUUCAUCUGUUUUGGUGGCCAAAGGGCCAUGGAAUCCAGCUGAAAGCAACUCCUUCGAUAGCCAAGAUGAAUUUAGCCUGUUUGGUUACAGUGCACCGACGACAGCAGCUGCUCGGCAUAACCGAGUCUCUUUCAAUAUCGAUCAUUCAUCGAAUCAUCAGACACAUCAUGAUGUAUCAUUCUCGCAUGAUAGGGAAGAACACCGUAGGCAUGAUAUGAGCGACGACAGCAGAGAGAGCGAUGACGAUGGUGAUGAUGAGGAAGCAGUACAGGCGAGUCGGCCGGUCGGCCUCUUCAGCUUGUUCAAGUACUCGAACGCACUGGACCUGUUUCUCAUCUUCUUGGGUUGCGUUGGAUCAUUGAUCGGUGGUGGAUCACUUCCCUGGUACUCUUACAUGUUCGGUGAUGUCGUCAACAAGAUGGCCUCUCAGUCCGGAAGUCAAAUGAUAAAGGAAGUCGAGAGGAUAUCUGUUUACAUGGCUGCGCUUGCGGCGAUAGUGGUCAUCGGAUCAUAUAUGGAGAUCACCUGCUGGCGAAUGGUGGGUGAAAGAUCGGCGCAGAGGAUUCGACGAGAGUACCUGCGAGCUGCGCUGAGGCAGGAUAUCGGGUUCUUCGACACCGAGAUGAGCACCGGGGAUGUGAUGCUUGGCAUAUCCAGUGACGUUGCACUGAUCCAGGAAGUGAUGGGGGAGAAGGUGGCACAUUUUGUCCACCACAUCUUCACAUUCAUCUGCGGCUACAUGGUGGGCUUCCUCGAGGCAUGGAAGGUGGCUUUGGUGGUCUUCUCCGUCACACCAGUGAUGAUGUUCUGUGGCAUCGCUUACAAAGCCAUCUACGGCGGCCUCGCCGCAGCAGAAGAGGCUUCCUACAGAAGAGCCGGUGAUGUAGCUCAGCAAGCAAUCACCUCGAUCCGGACCGUGCUGUCGUUCGUGAUGGAGGACGAGAUGGCGGCCAAGUACGAGGAGGGGCUCCAGAAGUCUGCACCGAUCGGAGUGAAGACAGGGUUUGCGAAGGGUGCGGGCAUGGGCGUGAUUUAUCUGGUGACCUACUCCCAGUGGGCUCUGGCCUUCUGGUAUGGGUCAUUGCUUGUGGCCAAGGGGGAGAUCACCGGAGGAGCUGCCAUUGCUUGCUUCUUCGCUGUCAAUGUAGGUGGAAGGGGAUUAGCUCUGUCGCUGUCGUACUACGCGCAGUUUGCACAGGGCACGGUGGCAGCGGGGCGGGUGUUCGAGGUCAUCGAUCGAACACCGGAGAUCGACCCGUACAGCUCCGACGGGCGAGCGCUCGCGUCCGUGAGAGGUCGAGUCGAGUUCAGAGGCGUCGACUUCGCCUACCCUUCUCGGCCCGACACGAUGAUCCUUCGCGAUCUCGAUCUCACGAUCCCUGCGUCCAAGACUUUGGCGCUCGUGGGCGCCAGUGGCGGCGGCAAGUCCACCAUUUUUGCCCUUAUCGAGAGGUUCUACGAUCCAUGCCGAGGAUCAAUCCGCUUGGAUGGACAUGAUCUAAGAACCCUAAGGAUCCAAUGGCUGAGGGAGCAGAUUGCGCUGCUAGGACAGGAGCCCGUCCUCUUCUCCACUUCCAUCCUCGAGAAUGUGAUGAUGGGCAGAGAAGACGCGACCAGGAAAGAAGCCAUUGCCGCCUGCGCCGCCGUAAACGCUGACACCUUCAUUUCGGGCCUUCCUGAGGGCUAUGACACGCAGGUAGGUGAGCGUGGGGCUCAGCUCUCAGGUGGGCAGAAGCAGAGGAUUGCACUGGCCCGGGCCAUGAUAAGGAACCCUAGAAUCCUCCUCCUCGACGAGCCCACGAGCGCCCUCGACCCGGAAUCCGAGGCCACCGUCCAACGGGCCAUCGACCGCUUCUCUGCCGGCCGGACCACCGUCGUCAUCGCCCACCGCCUGGCCACGGUCCGAUCUGCCGACACCAUCGUGGUCCUCGACUCCGGCUCCGUCGUGGAGUCGGGCGGCCACCACGACCUCAUGGGUCGGGCCGGGCCUUAUGCUGCCCUAGUAAAACUCGCCACCGACAACACGAGCAUCAAUGCAUCCAAAGGUAGCAUUGGACCAAUCCGGCCCGGCUCAUUCAACACGGCCCAGUACAAAAGCUUCGAAGUAGAGUCCGCCACCCUCGUCUCCACGCACAAGUGCGUGGAGUCCGUGAAUGGAGUGGAGGAACAAAUGGACACACAGAGGCCUACCAAGAUUAGCACAUCAGAUAUAUGGGGUCUUCAGAGGCCAGAGGUCCCAGUCCUCCUGCUUGGGUUCAUUCUGGGUAUAACAGCGGGUGCCAUUUUCUCCUUCUUCCCGUUGCUGCUAGGGGAAGCUCUCCAAGUCUACUUCCAACCCAACACCAGCAAGAUGAAGAGAGAAGUGGGCUACCUCGCUGUCGCCAUAGUGGGCCUCGGCGUCGGCUGCAUCCUCACCAUGACGGGCCAACACGGCCUUUGUGGUUGGGCAGGCACGCGGCUCACGAUACGCGUCCGCAACCGCCUGUUCCGCUCCAUCCUCCGGCAGGAGCCCGGGUGGUUCGACCUCGCCGAGAACUCGACUGGCGCGCUCAUCUCGUGGCUGUCGGUCGACUGCGCCGCCUUCCGGUCGAUGCUUGGCGACCGGCACUCCGUCCUCUUGAUGGGACUCGGCUCGGUGGCCGCCGGGCUUGGCGCAUCGUUCGCGCUCGACUGGAGACUGACGCUCGUGGCGAUGGCCGUGGCGCCGUUCACCCUCGGCGCCAGCUACUUCAGCUUGCUCGUGAAUCUCGGGCCGAGGUCGGACGACGGCGCCUACGCGGCGGCCAGCAGCGUCGCCGCCGGGGCGGUGUCCGGCGUGAGGACGAUCGCGGCCUUCUCGGCCCAACAGCGGAUCGUGUCAACGUUUGACCGCGUCUUAUCGGAGCCCAUGAACAAGUCCAUGAACAGGGCACAUCUCAUGGGCCUCGGUCUUGGGCUUUCGCAGGGAGCCAUGUACGGUGCGUACACCCUGAUCCUAUGGGCCGGAGCCCGCAUGAUGAAGUCGGGCUACUCCAGCUUCGGGGACGUGUGCAAGAUAUUUCUCAUCCUGGUCCUGAGCUCCUUCUCCGUAGGCCAGCUCGCGGGACUUGCCCCGAACACCUCCCGUGCGCCGGCGGCCAUCGACCGCGUCCUCCGCAUCAUCAAGCGCCGGCCGUCGAUGAUGGACACCGAAGGGCCGCAGAAGGGGCGGCGGGUCGAGGGGGGUAGGCUGAUGGAGGUGGAGCUGCGGAGGGUGACGUUCUCGUACCCGUCGCGCCCCGGCGUGGCGGUUCUGAGGGAGUUCUCGAUGAGGGUCAGGGCGGGGAGCACGGUGGCGUUGGUCGGGGACAGCGGGAGCGGCAAGUCGACGGUGGUGUGGCUGGUGCAGAGGUUCUACGACCCGGAGGCGGGGAGGGUGGUGGUGGGCGGCCUGGACGUGCGGGAGGCGGACGUGAAGUGGCUGAGGAAGGAGUGCGCGUUGGUGGGCCAGGAGCCGUGCUUGUUCGGCGGCAGCAUAAGAGACAACAUCAGGUUCGGCGACCAGAGCGCUUCUUGGGCGGAGAUCGAGGAGGCGGCAGAGGCGGCCCACAUCCAUAAGUUCAUCUCCGGACUACCUCAAGGCUACGAAACCCAGGUAGGGGAGGGCGGGGUGCAGCUAUCAGGCGGCCAGAAGCAGAGGAUCGCGAUCGCGCGCGCGAUCCUGAAGAGAUCAAGGAUCCUGUUGCUGGACGAAGCAACCAGCGCGUUGGACGUGGAGUCCGAGAGGCAGGUGCAAGAGGCGCUGCGGAAGGCCUCGAAGCGGGCCACCACGAUCAUCAUCGCCCACAGGCUGGCCGCCGUCCGGGACGCCGACCGGGUCGCCGUCGUUCGUGACGGGACCGUCGUGGAGUUCGGGAGCCACCGAUCGCUGCUGGAGAACCACGUCGACGGGGUUUACGCCGCCAUGGUCCGCCGCGAAUCGGAGGCCCAGGCACUUGCUUGAAGUGAGGCGUAGAAGCUCCAGCGAGCCUGGCAAGUCUUCUUCUUCCUCUUCUGAAGAGUAGCCUUCUCCAUGUGUUGUGGUGCAAGGUUGGCUGACGACCAUGAUCUACUUGUUAGCAGCGCAUGAGCUGCCUUCCAUGGGCCAUUUGGCCAUUGUCGGUCAUGUAGCAUGUAGUCGUGAUGCUGUAAGAACAUACUCCUAUGUCAGUCCAAGUCACUUUUAUCUGUUUCA